AUUGCCAAAAUAAAUUCUAAGAGAGAAUGUAAACACGGUUACGCUUGCAUUCAUUAAAUUUUCGUUUUUUUGUAUUGCUUUUAUAAUCCAGUGAAUAUUUUAAAUUACCAAUGGGUGUAACUAUUUUGCAGCCAUUUCCCAAUGUGGAAAAUAAGACCGGCCCGGCAAUAAUCGACUUUCUGACUAAACGAGUUGUUGCCUUGGGAGCGGUUCAGGCCGGCCACUUUAUUGUCGACUGUGAAACGUACACAUCAGUGCCCCAAAUGUCAGUUCAACCGAAAAUCGUGCAUCUCCUUCACAAUUCCGAGCAUCCGGCAUCAGUCUUUUCGAUUCUGGAAACAGGUACAAAGCAAAUAGCAUUGGUCGCUGAUUCAUUGUUCGAUUUGCUAAUCCUAAAAAUGACACCGGCCUACACAUCCAAAAAGCAGACGAAGAUUGAAUCUAAAGGACCUCGUUUCGAGUUAGGCGAUUUUGUUAUAAAGUUGGGAAGUGUUACGAUGAGUCAAACGUUUAAGGGUGUAAUGGUUGAGGUUGAAUAUCGGCCGUGUGUAAUACCAUCGAAUUGUUGGGAUUUAAUUCGUGAAUUCAUGCAAGGUUUCAUGGGCUCUCAUGUACCGAACAUAAUACCACCAUACUUCACAGCCCCAUCAAUGAUGGCACCCAAUCAGAACAAACAAAACGAUAUCUACCAGCCAAUCGAUACAGUGCAACAGUAUUUGGAGCAUUUCAGUAACUACAGAAAGUUAAACAAUCCACAGCCUGGGAUGGGAAUGCGAAAUUAGUUUUCUAGGAGCUACUUGGUGUAAGUUAUUGAUUUUUAAAGUGAGAUUAAUUGUGAACGGUUUGGAGAUAUGUUUGGCAUGGUAUAAACGAGUCGAUUCCAAAAAAUCUUUUUUUUUUCGAUCCGAUGAUAAGUCUCAUAAAUCGACGGAAUUUGAAUGGAAAAUAAAAAAUAUUUCAAGAAACACAAAA